AUGUCGCUCGGCGCCGUCAAGCAGCACGUGCGUGUCCGGCGCGAGCCAACCCGGACCGAGAGCGUGAGCGUGACCCUAGGCGCUGUCAAGCAGCACACGUACGUGCGGCGCGAGCUCGGACGGCGCGCCGACGUCGAGUACGAGCAGAUCACUGUGUCAGAGGAGGAGCUGCGCAAGGCCGUCAUCACGGGCCACAUCGAGAACUUCCGGCGGACGAAGCGCGGCACGCUGCACAAGACGACGCUGCGCGAGGAGUACGAGAUGUACACCAAGCUGGCCGACAAGCUCGACUACCUGCCAAAGCUGAUCGACGUCAAGGAGACGCUCGGCAAGCGGGUCAUCAUCGAGAUGCAGGAUCUGACUCACGGGGUGCAGGGGCCGUGCCUGAUGGACCUCAAGAUGGGGCAGCGAACCUUCAUGGAGGAGGACGCCACCGACGACAAGAUUCGGCCCGACCUGCUCGAAAAGAUGCUCAAGGCGCGAGAUUGA